CAAAUAUGAAAAAGGUUAAAAGAAUGAAGGAAAAGGUCAAAAGAGCAAAGAUGAAAAAGGUAAAAGAGCUAAGAGAAGGUCAAAAGAGCGAAGAUAAAAAAGGUGAAAAAGCCAAGGGAGUGAAGAGUGAAGGUGUAAAAGGUCAACGAACUCGUGCAUCCAG